CCUGCCCCUCUGUCCCUCCCUCCUGUAGAUAUGAGCCUGGCCCACACCACUGUGCUCCUAUGGGCCUGGGCCAGUCUCCAGGCCUUUGAAAUAGUGGAGAAGGAGAACAUUUUUCUGAAGACCCCCUGCCCUGCUUUCCUUAUGUUUGACAAUGCUGCCUACUUGGCUGACAUGAGCUUUGAGCUUCCCUGUCACUGCAAGCCUGAGGAGGUGCCGGCUGUAGUCUGGUACUAUCAAAAGCAUGUGGGUAGCAGCCACACCAAAGUGCUGACAGACUUUGAUGGGCGUGUGCUGACCGAGGCGGCCCAGGUGCGUGUGGGCAGUGACAUGCUAGUCCGUUUCAGCAUCCGCAUGUUUAGCCUGUUGGUUUUCCGAGCCCAGCCUGAGGACUCAGGUCUAUACUUCUGUGGCACCCGCAAAGGGGAAUACUUUUAUGCCUACGAUGUGGACAUCCAGAGCAAUGAGGGAAUGGUGGCGACCUUCAAGGACAUGGGCCAGAAGCCCUUUGCUGAUGAGUACUAUGGGAACCUCCAUGUCUUCACCACCUUCUGGGAGUGGACCCCUUGUGACCGCUGUGGGGUGCGUGGGGAGCAAUGGCGCAUUGGCCUCUGCUACCUGCAGAGCCCUGACCUCUCCCCACGGUACCUGAGGACACAGUCUGAUGUGGUGUCCUGUGGUUCACAGGCUGUGCCUAAAAGACUACGCACCACAGUCAGGGACCACAUGCCUGAGUUGCUGGUUCAGAGCUGCCUGGUACCCUGCGAAAAGAAGAACCGGUUCCGGGAGAGUGUGCUGGCUAUAUACAACUACGUGUCCAAAGUGGGUAGCAAGCCUUGGGUGCCCAAAGUGCCCAUUCAGUUUCACCAGCAGAGACUGGGCCAUGGACUCAUCAUCUCCUGUCCUGGGGCCCGGCCAGAGCAUGCUGUGGCUUGGGACAAGGACCACCAGCACCUCUACCGCACACAAUACCUAAAAGGUGUCAACAGAUCCAUGAGAGUAUUCAUUGACCAUGGCAACCAGCUCCACAUUCGCUUCACCCAGCUAAGUGACCGGGGCAUUUACUAUUGUUGGCGGCAAGGGGUGCAGAUCGCUGGGUUUCGACUCAGUGUGACAUCCCGAGGGCACUACCCAGCCUCACUGUCUGACCCUGAGACUCGUGCUGCUGUGGAGCUCACCCUGAUAAGCUAUCUUCUCAUCACGGCAAUUUUUGUCACCGUUCACCUCUGUCGUUGCUGCUGUUACUCAUUUCGCUUUCGUCCCAUGUUCUCACCCUAGGCUCUCUCUUCCCAAGCUCUGAAGACCAGUUGUGCUUCAAUGUGUUUGUUAAAUGAUACCAGAUGCCUCUGGGUAGGCGUCCUGGGCUGGGACAUGUGGCAAGAAGAUGCAGACAAAUCUAUUAGUUACAAUCUGCUUCCCAAUUUCAUGAGCAGGUAUGGGGCCUGAUCUGGGAAGUGGGGAAACCUAAAGCAGGUGAUAGCUUGGGGACUGAGGAGAAGGGAAGUAGGCAGGGGCACAUGUUUUCUGACUUCACACUUAGGACAGAGGAGGAAGUGAACUAAUACCCACCAAAUCACCUGUUGCUGUUGGAUCGCAUUUGAGGUGCCCUUGAGGAUUGCUGACGGGGCACUGGUUGAGCUGUGGGUGGCACAGGAGGAAGGAAGAAGAAAAUGAAGGGAGCUAGCAUAUGUCUUCCUUGGCUUUCUCCCCAGCAUCGUACUGGGAAUGGCAGGUAGGAAUAGCAGGUGUGGGAGUAAAGAUGAAGACUAGGAUGGGGAAUGGUGAAGGGAGCAGAGAUCAAAUUCUGGGCUUUCCUGAGCCACUGCACUCAGGCUGGGGAUGAGAAGAUGGAGUGGGGAGCAGAGGCCAGGGUACCAUGCCUACUGUGGCAGAGCAGGUCAGAAAUGGGAUUUGGUAUGUGGCUACUGCCAUGGGGACUUGGACUCCCAAGACAAUUAGAGAUAAAGAGUAAGUUGAGUCUUGUCCAGUGCUACAU